AUGACCAACUCGCACACAACACAGCAACAGCAACAGCAACACACUCUGCCCGCCACGGAGGAACAACCAUUCAAGGCUCUCUCACAUCCUCUGUCUCCGACCUUCCGGCCCUGGCUUACCGCCCCCGACCGCGUCCCCUCCACUACCGCCUACGAAAUGUCCACCACCAACACGAGGCAGACGGUCAAUACGAGUUCUCUAGCCGUUCGCAGGCGCCGGGCCGGCUCGCUGAGCGCCCCUUUCGCCGGUCGGUUGGGCGGCAACCAGGAAUUCACCCUCGACCGCGCCGAUCCCCAGAAUGAGGAAUUGCUGAAAAAGGUGCCCGAUGCGGCGCCGAACUUGACCUUGCAGGAGAGUUUCGAUCUUCGAGGCUUUCGAGAGGUAGAGCUGUGGAAGGCGGCUUUGAUCGAGUUUGUCGGCACCUUGAUCUUCGCCUGGGCCUCAGCUUGGAACAGUCUGUCCCCAAACACGCCCCCACCACCACCCUCAGAAACAUCUGGCCCCUUCGGCCGUUCAUAUUUCCUAGGCCCUCUCGUCGCCGCGUGUAUAAACGCAAUCCUCCUCGCACUAUUGAUCUUCUCCUUCGGAGCCGUUUCCGGAGCACACCUGAAUCCACUGAUCACGAUCGGAACCUUUUUCGCGAGGUUGACCACUUUUCCUCGUCUGGUGUUGUACUUGGCGGCGCAGACCUCGGCGGGCGCGCUUGCUGGCCUGCUGCUAAGAGCGGCCGCGAAUACUAGAGAUUUCAAGGUGGGAGGAUGUUAUCUCUUCCAAGAUAUGGGGACUCCCGUUACGAGUGCUUUCACCGUCGAAGUCGUCGCCGACUUGCUCCUGCUGGUACUCGCGUUUGGAGUUGGUCUAGAUCCACGGCAACGCGAGAUUUUUGGCCCAGCGCUGGGCCCAAUCUUUGUUGGGCUCGCCGUGGGGAGCAUGAUUUUGUGUACCGCAUUCACUCUGCCUGCGUACGGCGGUGCUAGUAUGAAUCCGGCGAGGUGUUUUGGUGUAUUCGUGGGCAGCCGCUUCCCAGGCUGGCACUGGGUGCACUGGGUAGCCCCGCUUGUGGCCAGUAUUUUCCAUGGAAUUGUGUAUUUUCUCGUCCCCCCAGGCGAGCCAAACAGGGCGCAUGCACACAAGAUUGGCGGGAUGGCGCCAAAAGCUGAGCCACAGGCACAGGAAGAUGGAAAGCAGAGCGUGUAG